UUGUUAUUGUUUUUGUUUUUUUUGUGGAAUUUGAUGGAAAGGGUAAGUUUCAGAAAUGUUUUCUUUCCUUCUUUCGCACGCCCCCCACUUUCAUUCCGCGCGCGCUUCUCAUCCUCGUGUUCUGUUGUUUUGUGUUUCUUCGAGAGUGCAGUCACGUGUGCAAGCGAUGUGCAUGUGCGUGUGUUUUAUGAAACUCAAUGUCUAAACAUGGAUAUACCGAUAUUAAUGUAAAAACGCCUGUUAUAUUCCUGUUAUACCCUUUAUUUGGAAUUUGUUAGUGUUGUCCAGAUGAUUAGAGGCGACGAGUCAGACUUGUGUGAUCCGGCGCGAGUAUGACCUCGACGACCGGACCUUCCUCGCCUUCUUUUGCUUCCAUCACAUCGUCUGUCAUAGCUUCAGUUUCUUCCCAUCAUCACUCCGUAAGCUUUGCCUCCAUGGUUAGCAGCAAUUCCAUAAGUGGUGGUGUAGUUGAUGAUGAUGAACCAUGCGGUGUAUUAAUCAACGGUGGUAGUCCACCAACUUCCGUCACGAAUACAGAUUUGUCUAUAUUACCCAGAGUGAUUGCUCAUACACCAUCCACUGCAGCCAUGACAGUUCGUUCACCUUUGUGUCCAGUCGAAGAUGACGACGACGAUGACGAUUCCAAGGGUGACAUCAAAAGUUCGAGAUCAACCCCCAGAGAUGAUUGUCAAUCUCUUCCAAGACAAUCUCGAAAUAAACGAAAAAACUUCAAACCUAGAAAUAUUGUCUACCAUUACAAUGCUGAUGACGAAUAUACAACCGAAGAAGAGUGUUUUGAGAACCAAACAGACUUAUCGAGGUCCAGUCCCAAUCCAUUGUCGCCAUCCUCUCCUGUAUCGUCUAGGAUAUUAGAAAAUGAUCGUGGAAACGGAGGCGAACAACCUUUGGAUUUAAGCAGUGACACAGGGCCUCCGCGUUGGAAAUUAAACUCUAAAAACGAUACUGGAGGCAGUCCUCCUUUAAACAACGCCACAAGUCCUCCGCAAAUUAAGCGCUAUGAUCAUUGUGAAUAUGACGAAGAGGAUGAGGCCUUGACUGUGGAUGAAGAGCGUGGACGAACUCCAGUCAUGGACUUGUCUCGCAAUAGUGGUCGUGAUGGGACAGGAUCAAGCUCCAGUCCCAGCCAUUCUAUCACAGGCAGAAAUAAUGACUCGCCAGGUAGUCCUCAUUUAUGUCAUCCGAACUAUCCUCCUGCAAAAAGACAUGCUGGUGAUACCCUGAUGAUACCUGAGGGAGUUACCAUGAAGGAUUACGCAGAGAAUACCAUGAAAGAACUGUUGGGAAUGUAUGGACUAAAUGAUGCCCCUGACAAUAUGACAAACAAUCAAAUGUCUCAUCCUAGCUUUUCUGGUGGUAAAAUCUUUGCUGCUGGACAACAUUACCCUGCAAGUUUAGCUUCUUUGGGAAAUUAUCCACCAACAAGUUCAGCUCUUCAACUCCUUCAACAGCAAGCUGCUGAGGCUAUGCAUCAUGGUCAUUUUGCUCAUCAAUUUUCCAAGGAAUCUCCAAAUCAUUUUCUGGAAAGUGCUUGGACUCCAGAAAAUAAUGUUCCAAAUGUCUCACAACAGUUACAAAACUCAAAUGAAAACAUUUUGGAAUCUCUUAGAGCUAAAAUGAUGAACAAUGUAUCAAGGCUAGCUGCUGUUUCUUCCAAUAACAUCAUUCCUAAUCCCCAGGUGAUGUUACCUCAGAAUGUAGCUACUAUAUUUACUAUAGCUGCCCUGAGCUCUAAAUUGCCUUCUCUACAGGUAUCAUCUGAUAACAUGUCAUGUUUACCGAGCGGAUCUAUGUCUUCUGAAUCUCCUCAUCAUCCAGGUUCUGGUAUUGCACCUGUUAGUUCAACUCCUUCACCUGUAGUUUCAUCAUCUCAUCAUAAUAGUGCAAUUUCGACAUCAUAUGGGGUUGAACAGCAUAAAUUAGGGCCUGUUGAUUAUACGAGAUAUGUAAAGAGAUUUUCCAGCGCAACUGAAUGUGGAAAUAGUUAUUGUAAAGAUCUAAAUUACAGAGAACAUUUCCAUUGUUUAGAUUGCAACUCAAGGGUAUGCCUUUUUAGUGUUUUUGUAAAAAAAGAAGAAAUGAUUCGUCAUUUCAAAUGGCACAAAAAGAGAGACGAUUCACUUCAGCAUGGGUUCAUGCGUUACAGUCCAAUGGAUGAUUGUUCUGAUCGAUUCAGAGGUUGUACUCAUAACCGAAAGCAAACCCAUUAUCAUUGUUUAAAGGAAAGCUGUGAUAGAGUAUAUAUUAGCACAUCAGACGUUCAGAUGCAUGCAAAUUAUCAUCGUAAGGAUACGGCUAUAAUUCAAGAAGGAUUUCAAAGGUUUCGUGCAACUGAAAACUGUGCAACAGCAUCUUGUUUGUUUUUUGGGCAGCGAACUACUCAUUUUCAUUGCCGUAGAUCUGGCUGUAGCUUCACUUUUAAAAAUAAAGCUGACAUGGAAAAACAUAAAACAUACCAUAUUAAAGACGAGCAGCUCAAUAAAGAUGGAUUCAAGAAAUUCAUGAAACAUGAGCACUGCAUAUUUGAAAACUGCCGUUUCUCUCGCGUUUGCAAUCACAUUCAUUGUAUACGACCAGGUUGUACAUAUGUACUGCAUUCAAGUGGGCAGCUUUACUCACACAAACGAAAACAUGAAAGACGAGAUACUGAACUAGCUUAUCGUAAGUUCAAACUUGCUCAAAGCAUGAUGAAAACUCUGUCUGAAACUGGAAGUAUCCCACAGUCUUUUCUUACAGAACCGCCAUCGUCUGGAGAAUCAUCUUCAAGUCCUGCUCCUGGAUCAAUGCCGAUUACUUCCUUACCUUCAUCUGGUCAUAUGAAUAGCUUCAAUUCUGAUGAUGGAUCUUUAUCUAAUUGCUACAUUAAAUCAGAAAAAAGAGAAUGUGUUUAUAGUAUGGCUGACAUGAAUAAUAUUUCUAAUCAGAAUUACAGAUUGUCCCCUAAUGACUCAUUAACAUCACCUUGUAUGCCAACUGAUAAUGCUAGUUUGUUGGAAGAAAGUUCUGCUGUGGAUUUAAGUGUUGAUCAUCACAAGGAUUCAGAAGACUUGUGGAAAGUUUAUUUGACUAGAUACGGAUCAAAUGAUAUAUGCCAGCAGCAAUGUGAAUUUAUCUACAAAGAUCAUUAUCAUUGUUCCACAGAUAACUGUAGUAUGACUUUUCGAGCCAAAGACAUUUUAGGAGUAAAAGAGCAUGCCUGCAAUCAUGAAUACCAGGAAAGAGUUACCAAAUCUUUCUACACUGUAGUUGAAAUAGACCAAAAUGGUGCUUGUCCCCCUGACUGUCACUAUAAAGCCAAAGAAAAACAUUAUCAUUGCAAAUGGGAAAGCUGUCAAGAAGUUAUCAGCAGUGAUGAUAAUCCUUUUAGGCGGCUAGAUCAUUAUAAAAUUCAUAAGUAUUCACGUAAAUUAAGUGCACCUAAGGAGCAUUUGGCUACCUCUUCUAAUGUUACCUCUGUUAUGGACAGCAUGUUUCGUAGAAAAAGAGGGCGUCCACCGAAAAACCGUCUUAUUGAGUUUCCAAUGGGUGCUUCUCAUCUACCUCAAGCUAUCUAUACCAGCUUUAAACUUCCAAAACCUUCAGAGCUUCCUCAUCACAAUUUUCCAACAUCAUUUGGCCCUUUUUCAUCUGCAUACAAUGCUUUAUCACUUUUACCACCUCCUCCUCCAGUUUCAAUGAUGUCAACCCCCUCAUCACUUCCUCAACUAGUACCAGUUACAGGACUAGGACAAUGUAUAUUUCCAUCAGCUAACAUGUUAGAUAUACCACCCCCACCAUUGCUAGAAAAGCAAGAAAAUAUCACAAAUUUACCUUCACCUCGUAUAAAGCAAGAAAUUGAAGAUCAAAAUAAACCAGAAAUAAAAGAAGGCUUCUUUGUGUUUCAUGAGAGCAUGCCGUGUCCCGAUGAUUAUUGUGCAUUUUAUAAAAAGCAUCAUUUUCAUUGUACGCAACCCAGAUGUUACUAUGUAACAAAUCGUCGAGAUAUUCUUCUUCUACAUUCAAAAGAUUUUCAUGAUAAUAUUGACAUAAUGGAUGGAUUUGUGUUUUUUGAUCGCAGUGUUGAUUGUAGACUUGAAAACUGCCAUAGUAAUAAAAUCAACAGACAUUUUCAUUGUAUUCGGCCGAAUUGUAAUUAUUCAUUUGUUAGGUAUAGUACUAUGACUGUGCAUGAACAAAAGCAUAAAGAGCAAGAGAACUCGAACAACUAUGGUCCUUCCUCUCCUAAGAAGAAACAUUACCCCCAAACAAAUGAUGAGGAGAAUUAUGCAUUUGAUGCAAAUUCAUCUGUCAUUAAAACUGAAUCCCCAUCCCAACCAAAGACCACUGUAGUUAAAGCAGCAGGUACAUUUUACCCAUUAUCUGCUUUUUCUACAAAUCAGAAUUCUUCUCAAUCAGGUCAUCAUACAACAAACUCUUCUCCUACUCACCACCAGUAUUCUAAGCCAUCAGAAGAUAAAAACAGUAAUGAUAUCAUCAGUAAUAUUAAAACAGAAAGCCUGAUUUAUCAAAAUUCCGAUACAGCUGAACAAAAUUUAAGCAAACUUCUUCUUCAGCCUGGACCAAAUUAUCGAAAUAAUUUUCAAGGUACUGAAAAACAUAUCCUCUACAGUCCACAGCUAAGUUGUGCAAGACCAUUUUGUAAAUUAAAGAAAAGAGAUCAUUUUCAUUGCAAUAUAUGUAAUCAAGCAUUUUCAGGAUUUUCACGACUUCAACCACAUGUUCUAAAACAUCCUGGUGCUCCCAGCCCUAUUCCAGUUUAUCCUCCAGGGUAUACAAAACUAUCAGCUUCUUCUCCAAGCCCAGAUGAAGAUGAAAUGGAUACAGAAGAUUUGAGUGAUAUUGAGGAACGUUCACCCAUUAAUGGUCCUUUAUAUAGUGCAUCUGAAGAAAAUAAAGAAUCUUUAGAUGAACAACAAGUUUCUUCUUCUCAUCAAUUAUUUAGCUGGCAGUCUGUUUCAUCAAGCAACUCUCCAUUUCAAUCAAGCUUGAAGUGCAGUAUUGGUGUAAGCAGUUCAAAUCAAAUCCCUUCCAGUAGUGAUAACUUCUAUGGUUCUCCUCCAGUUGACUAUGGACCUCUUGUGGAUGGUAUGGAUAGUGGGAACAAAGUGAUAGAUUUAAAAAGACCCUUAAAAUUAGAAGAUAAUAGUGAAGUGAAAAAAAUGAAACUGGCAGCUUUAAGAAUUCUAAAAGAUGAACCUAUUCCUGAAGGAUAUUCGCGAUGUCGUUUUAAUGAAGAUUGUGGUUACACUCUUUGUGGAUAUAGGGAACAUCAAACGCAUUUUCAUUGUAUGAGAAAAGACUGUGGUUACAGUUUUUGUGACAAAACUAGAUUUGUGCAACAUACAGCUAGGCAUGAAAGGUUGGAUACUUUAAUGGGGGGAGAUUUUCAGCAAUAUCGAGCUAAUGUCAAUUGUGGUCGAUCUGAGUGCAUGUACGCUAAUACUUUAGGUGCAAUGGCUAAUAAGUCAUCUCAUUUCCAUUGUUUAAAGUGUGACUUCGUUUGUACAGACACUAAUAAAGUUGUUGCUCAUAGAAGACAGCAUGCAAAAAUGGACAGCAUCUAUGCUGCUGGAUUUGAAAAAUAUACUCAAUUUCAAAGUUGUAAUAUAACAAACUGUAAUCAUAAUCAAAAACAGACUCAUUACCACUGUCUUAAAUGUCAACAUGCUGUUUUAGGCCUUUCGCAAAUGUCUUCCCACAAAUAUCGCCAUAUGGAUUGAUAAAAGGUGCUCUUAUAUACAAUGUUUGUGCCAACUAUUGAAAAUAUUGAUUUGUUGGCAUUAAAGCAAUCAAAAUUGUGUAUUUCUGUUUUGCUUCUCUUUAUAAAAUAUUUAUUGUUUUGUCUAAUUUGUCUUAGUGAUACAGUUUAAAUGAUGUCAAACAUCAAUGUGAUAAUCUUGCCGGUGCAGAGCACUUUAAUUAUGUGCCUUCUGAAGCAUUUUCAAAUAUACAACAAUGUGAAUUUUAUGGUAUCAUUUUCGAGCUGCAUAUUCUGUAAUGAACAGCUAUAAUAGCUGUGAAGAUUUAUAUUUUCAUUAAAUAUCUGCUCUGUCCAGAUUUAAACAAAAAGAAUUUUGAAAUAUGUAAAAUCACUGUACUUUCAUCUUUGAAUACUGGUAGAGUUGCUCAUAUUUGAUAAAUAGUUCUUGUUAAACUUUUCACUUGUUCAUCUAAUUCUUAUUCAUUGUUAUUUUUUUCUUGAAGGAGUCAACUAUCAGUCUACAAGGGUCCAAUUAGUAAAAAAAAUCCCAAUUUAUUUUAUAGCAUUCCUUUGGAUUAUGUAGCAUGUGGUGCAAUAUUGACAAAUAGUGCCAAAUGUUUUUUUUUUUUUUAUUUCUAUGUCUUUGAACUCUAGAUUAGUUAUUUGUUCCCUUUGUGUAGUAACUUCUGUCCAAUUUUCAGAAGCUGAGCCUGAAAGUUUUAAUUUAAAAUUUUUUUUAGCCAGCAAAAUUUUUUUUUUAUAGUUCUUAGAAUUCUAAGUGUGUCAGAAUUCUUUAGUUAUAUGUGCAUGUUUUCUUAUUUAAAAAAAAAAGAAAAGAGAAACUGUUUUCCUGUAAAAAAGAUUACAGUAACAGUAAGUUAAAGCUGCAUUGCAUAAAUAAAGUAUGCUUUUGAUUUAUUAAAGAAAUUAAUAAAUUAUUUUGGUUUAUAAGAAAUGUAUCCUUAUAAUAUAUGAAGGAUCUCUUAAUUUGCUUCUAACAGCAUUUUACUUAAAUGUUUUGUGUAUGUGUGUGAUAGAGCCUUUUGAAGUUCAUCAAAAUUCAUUUUGUAAAACAAAUAUAUGCUUGAACAAUAUAACUUUACGCUUUAAUAAUGAUAUGCUUUUCUUUUUUUCAAUUUUGUAAAUACAUCAAAUAUUGUUUAUAGUUUUUCAUUAUAUUCAAAAUAUUCAGUAUUAAUUUUGGUAUAAACUAUUUCCUAAACUAAUUACAAAAUUUAUCAACAUUUAAAAUAUAUAGUAUUUUUUUUUUCGUUAGGAAAUACUUUUGGCUCAGAUUUUAAGACCUAAUCACACUAAUCUUUACUUGCGACUAUCUGGUUUUUUUUUUUAAAACUAAAAUUUAAAAUGCCUUUUUUUUAAAUAUUUAUUAUGCCUUUUCCUUAUAUCUUGUAUGUAAUACACUUUUUCAAACGAUUCAGAUCAGAUUACAUUCAUGCUAAACUAGAGCAAGUGUAAUGGAUAUUCUUAGACCCAACAAAGGAAAUUCUAAUAAAAAAAAUAAUUUAAAAAAAAAACAAUUAAAAACAGUAACUUUUAUAUUAAAUAAAAAAUAUACACGUAAAACUUACUUUAAAAGAACAUUAAAUUUAGCUUAAUGACAUGGAUCUGAAUUUCUCUUUUUUUUUUAUUAUUCUGCAAAUUAUAUAUAUAUAUAUAUACACUAUAUAUGCAAAGUCAAUACUUAUCAUAGCUACCCCCAUCU